UCCCUCCUUCAGUCAGUCAGUCAGGUGUGGUAACGUAACUUACAGUCAACAACAUCGGUCAGUAUGGAGAAACGUUUAAAAGGUCGCUUGAAGUUGGUUGCAAACUGGUGACAUUAUCUAAACUUCACGGAGUACUUCACUUUGUCAAGAAAGGUCCAAAUGACAGCCCUCACAUGAGCUCUUCUGGAUAGAAAACCUUCAUUAACCUUAUUGCUGGGAGGUCUCUGCACCAUCGCCGCAAUGGUUCAGCGCUGCACUCACGAGCCAAUCAGCCGUACCAAUUCACACUGGAGCCUUAUCCCAACCUAGCUGUGGAUGCUAACAAGACUAAACCAUCAGAACUAGACUGUGUGGGAGUCGUGUGGAUCGUUGGACGUGCAAGUUGUCUUCCCUCUGUGCUGAAGCUGAUCGCGCACAGGACUAAAUGUGGGGCUGAGAGCCAUGCCUUUUCUUCCUCUGCUGGCUUUACUGUGUGCACCUCUUCUCACCAUUGCACAUGGUCAGCCCACCACUGACACCCUUGUGCCUCGGAAGAGCAUCCUCCACCAGGAUGCACAUGCCAAGUUGUUCCAAGAGGCUGGCGUGUGGAACUACACAACCAUGCUGCUGAGGGAAGACCUGGGCCUGCUGAUGCUUGGGGCCAGGGAAGCCAUCUACGCCCUCAACAUUAGCGACAUCUCUGAGAUGAAAUCUGCUGUACAUUGGGGUGUUCCAGAGGAUAAACAGAAAGAGUGCACCUACAAGGGAAAGAAUGCUGAUAUUGAGUGUCGAAACUAUAUCCGGACUCUUCAUAAAAUCAACACCACCAGUAUGUAUGUGUGUGGGACCAAUGCCUUCAGCCCCACUUGUGACUACCUGACAUUUGCUGAUGGACAGCUGAAACUAAGGGACAUGCCUGAAGAGGGGAAAGGGAAGUGUCCUUUCGAUCCCUUCCAGAGAUACUCCUCCCUUAUGGUCGGUAAUGACCUUUACUCUGCCACUUCAAUCAACUUCCUGGGCUCUGAGCCAGUGGUGCUGCGCAGCUCCCAGACAACACUCCGCACCGAGUUCAAAAGCUCCUGGCUCAACGAACCCAACUUUGUGUACAUGGACCUGAUCCCUGAGAGUGAAGACAGCACAGAUGGGGAUGACGAUAAGGUCUACCUGUUCUUUAGCGAGAACGCCGUGGAGUACGACUUCUACAACAAGCUCAUGGUGUCUCGAGUGGCCCGAGUCUGCAAGGAGGACAUGGGCGGCCAGCGAACGCUGCAAAGGAAGUGGACGUCCUUCCUGAAGGCGCGUCUGGACUGCUCUGUGCCUGAACCCAGCCUGCCCUACAUCGUCCAGGACGUCUUCCUGCUCAGCGGAGAAAACUGGGAGUCUGGCGUCUUUUACGCAGUCUUCACCCCCCAGUCCGAAUCAUCUGACCUGUCUGCUGUGUGCGCGUACAGCAUCUCGGCCAUCAAAAAGGUGUUCUCCACGGGCAAAUACAAGACCCCGGUGUCUGUCGAGACGUCCCACAUUAAGUGGGUGAUGUUCAGCGGGGACGUGCCCUCCCCCCGGCCAGGCGCGUGCAUAAAUGAUGCAGCCAGAAGCCAGGGCAUGACCCGCUCACUGGACCUGCCGGACAAGACGCUGCAGUUCAUCCGGGACCGGCCGCUGAUGGACGACGCUGUGCGGCCCCUGACCGGGACCCCUCUGCUGCUAAAGAGAGGGGCAGCUUUCACCCGCAUCGUGGUAGACAACGUGGUCGCACUGGACGGCCAAACGCACCCUGUGAUGUUUAUCGGCACUGAGAAUGGCUUUGUUCAGAAAGCUGUGAACUACGACGGGGAGAUGCAUAUCAUUGAGGAGGUGCAGCUGUUUGAGACGUCAAAAGCCAUUAGGGUCCUCCGUCUGUCGUUGAGUACGGGCCAGCUGUAUGCGGGCACGGAGUCCGGUGCUGUGCAGAUGCCCCUGAGUGAUUGCGGCCGCUACAUCUCCUGUCUGGACUGCGUGCUGGCCAGAGACCCCUACUGCGCCUGGAGCCUCACAACUUCCCUCUGCUCCACCCUGCUCCGCUCACCAGACACAGACGACAGGAAUUUGAUUCAGAGCCUGAAAGAGGGAGAUGCGUCCUCUUGUCCAAAGUCAGCCCCUAUGAGGGCCAGAGCUGUACAUGUGUCCCCCGGGAACAACAUCCAACUGGACUGCCAGGUGGACUUAAACCUAGCCCAAGUGAACUGGCACUUCAACGGGCAGCUACUUCAGACGUCUGCGAAGCACUACCUCUACAGCCAGGGCCUUCUCAUCUUCAGUGUCUCCGCCAGCGACAUGGGGGAGUACACUUGCCAAGCCACCGAGCAUGUGGGCGUGCACGAGUACCCUCAGGUAAUGGCCGCCUAUAAACUGCUGCCCCCUCAGACAGUGACUUCUCAGCCUGGCGAGGAGAAUCUGGGCGAUCCUGAGCCGGAACCAAGCGUUACUGAACCCACUGUCAGCCAGAUCACGGCACCCAAAAACACCCCGUCAGUCGGCAAAGGCGAAGUAACUCCAGAUCGGCCCCAACCCAAUGCAAAAGUUGGCCAGAUUACAGGACUGCAGGUGGCGGUGGUGGUGCUCACCUUGAUACUGGUGGCUGUGGUCGGGGCGGUCAUGUACUACAGAAAGCGGCUAAUACGACAUCAAUCGGCAGGUGGUACCACCAGCAACGGUGCUGCCUACCAGCCGGCCUCCCAAGGCAAGACGGACGAUCCUAGAACUGAUCAGAACUUCAACAAUUCCACUACUGUGACUUUCAGUGGGAAAGGCACCAGUAACGGCCCUGUUAUAGCAAUAUCCAGGAUUGAAGGGGAAUCAGAGAUUUGAUGCUGAAUUCAGACAAUCCAGAGAUGUACAACUACACUUAGUUUUAUAAAAUCCCAGGGAAAUUUGAGUCAUGCUACACAAACCAUUUCAGUUCACUUAUUUAAUAAAUCAAGGUAAGUGAGAUGGAUCUGUAUGUACAUGUGUAAUUACAUUUUGUACCAUUAGCAGGACAUUUUUUUAUUUUUUUUUUGUAUAAUAUUUUUUGUUGAGCCUCAAAAUGUAGGCUCUGUAGCAUAUGUAUAAUGUUGUAUUUCAGCUGCUGAAAUUAAACCCUGGGCCCAGUA